AUUCUCACUUAUUUUUAAAAAUUGUAGUGAGAAGAAUUAGGGGACCCUUCUAGAGUGAGAAAGUGGGCUUUCAAAAGGGCUGCCAAAGGGGUUUUCUUCCAACGUGGCGAGGUCUGAUGGCGGGGGCGUCUGGUACUCGGGAAUUUUAUGACAUGCCUUGGAGCAGGAACCUUCCCUGGGUAGGCGAGGUUGGGACUGACUCUUUCACAAGUGUCAGUCUUGUGAGAGAGGAGCAUGUAUGGCUUAUAAAGCCUGCCCACGCUCUGCAAUGGCAUUUCAGCGUCACUUUUGCAAGUGAGAGUGCUCGUUUUGACGUCCGAGAGACUGAAGACGGGGUAUCGAUAGUUCGGGAGAAGGGAAUCCCGAUAUUCCAUUUCUUGCACCGAGAUUUAGCUUCUAGCGAGGAUCUUCCCAGCCUCGGGAAGCUGAUGGCCAAAACAAAGGGAUUAACUUGGUCCCCCGAAGGACUUCGAAUGCAGGGGGAACAUCAAUUUGUGAAGGGGUAUAGUUGAGGUGCUCCAGGCCUAUGAAGAUAACCUCAAGCUUGCUUCCUUGUUAGCAGCAGUACAGAGUUCUGCAGGGUAUUUCGACCGCUGUCCGAACACCAUGCAGGCCCUUUCGGAGACCUAGAGCCAUGCCAGCAAUUCAUGGCUUUUUUGUCAUGGCGAGAGCGGCUACUCCAUAUUGGACCUGCACUUUGUUGGGGGCCUCCCCAUGAAGGGGGCCAUGUAUGAUGAAUUUGUCUCGAACAACUCAGUCAUCUUCGAAGGGGAGCUAUUGGGGGGCGAAACACCUCCUCUUGGCCUCCAGGAGAUAUUUGAGAUCUAUCAACUAUUCAGCUCACAGGUCAAUGAUGGCCAAGUGAGCUUUUCUCACUGGUUCGGAUUUUUCUAUGGCAAGCGUCCAGAUGCGGUCGAGCCCUAAUACUGUGUUCUGGGUGGCAAGGGCAAAGAGAGUGAGAAAAUCAUCUCUGCGACCUUCGUGCGCCAGUCUAUGAGGGACGACCUUUAUCUUGCUGCAUACUUGGCUCGUUUUUUAUGCAAGUUUGCCUUUCCGGGUCUAGCAAUGUGAUUCGACCAGGCUGUUUCUUCGCAGUCUGUGACAUGGCGCGAGGAAACCAAUAUGCCUUGAUGCAGCCGGUGUUAUGUAGCAUCUAUUACGGCCUUGGGUCGAUUUCAUGUGGAAAGCCAUAAGAGGGGGAGGGUCGAUUUCAUGUGGAAAGCCAUAUAAAGGGGGAGAUGGAUCAAGGCUAACAGGGGGAGAGGUCUUCCCAGGGAAUUUCAAGAAAGCAUUCCCGAUCAAUUACCUGUUGGAUUGGCCUUCGGCUUACUUCCCGAGAACUUACAUAACGAGUGCCGCCUUCUCUAGGACUGUUUGCACCCAUCUUGUAAAGAUUGCUCGUCAGAAGUACAAAUUUUAUACCCCCGGGGUCAUGCACGAAACCUCUUUGGAGGGAUUCUUUCUUCACUCGUGGGAACCUGUUUCCCGUGGGCGGUCAUACCGACCGUGCUUUUAUCGAUCAGCUAGGCCAUGACCUUGAUGGUACUUCCACUGGUAUGCCUGAGCUGAUGUUUCUAUUGAGCAUAUGGGGGUGUAUUCUACCAGUUCGAACACCAUUUGGCUCGAAACUCGAGGCAUAUUACCCUUACCGCUUUGCACGGCAACAUGGGCUAGAUCAGGGGUGUCCAUUCCCUGUUCUGUUUGAGAAGUGGUAUCCGUAAAGAGAAGGGUAACAUAAUGGUAGAAGAGAGAGAAUAAAAACCUAAAAAGUAGAGGGC